AUGGCCUGCGUGAAGGUUGCGGACUUGGAGAAGCUGAUGCUGGUGAAGGGGUGUGGCCCCAUCAUGCCAGGGUCCGACUCUCCUGGCACGAUGCUGGCGUAUUUAACGGCGCUGACGGCUGCCCAAACGCUGCAAUGUGGGGGUGAGCAUGCCUUCGGGGCGAAUGCAGGGCUGCCGAGCGCUUACGAGCCGCAAGUGGCGAUUCCUCUCUUGCAGGCCAUCAGUGACAAGUACGUGCCCAGACUCAUCUCUCAUGCGGACCUCUGGGCACUUGCGGCCAACGUGGCCAUCAAGGUGAUGGGAGGACCUGACAUCGUGACACACUUCGGCCGUGUGGAUGCCGGGCUCAGUCGCCCUCCGAUGGAGCUACUUCCGCAGCGGGGCGACUUCCGGACCGUGGUCGAUGGCGACAAAGAUGCUCAACAUCUUCGCGACAUCUUCCGGCCCAAGGGCUUCACGGACAAGGAUAUUGUCGCCCUGUCGGGGCUUGCCAUGCGGAUCGAUCUGGCUUUGAAGGAUAAGCUCAAGUUCGACAACACCUACUUCCAGGACCUGCUGAACAAGACCUGGAGCAUGGAGACGGUCAAGUCGGGGAACAAGCAAUACAGGUCUGGCAAGGAGAUGAUGUUAACAACUGCAGGGAUCCCAGCCCUCCGACCGGGGCUGUGGCGAGUUCUGUGGAGCGGCUCAGGCAUGGGUGAAACUGCAGGAGCUCGGAUGUGGUCCGCGACUCGUGUGGCAAUCCAGUUUCACUCGACAGCAACCAAGCUCUAUGCCCCAGGGCAUAGCUCUGAGAGCUUCGGCUCUGCGGUCUUCGGCUUGCGAAUCCUGCACGUCGUUUUCCUGCAGGUUGAAGUUGCGGACAUGUGGGCAAAGUAUUCGCUAUAUGCUGUUCUUCGCACUGUGUUGGCACCUCAUGUGCAGUCUGCGGAAAGAGGAGUGAAACUUCGGUGUGACUUGCGGGCCUGGUUCAAAGCGGGUUCGCGGGCAGAGCCGCUGCCUGCGCCGCAGGAGGCUCCGUUUUCAAAGACCCAGAUAAUGGGCAACACUGCGUGCUGCCAGUCCGAAGCCAAUGAUGGUGUCGCCGAUGCGCACGUGGAUGCCAAACCCAUUCUGGAAAGUGCGCUGCCAGCAGCACCUUUCAUCUCUGGCGGUGAUUCAGAACAGGAACGGAUCUAUCAGGUGACACUUUCAAAGUCACCGGGACAGAAGCUAGGUCUGGACGUCGACUACAUGGCAGAGCGGAAGAUUCUGCCCAUCAUGCACGUCACUGGCGGCAUUGCCGAGGAAUGGAACAAGAAGUACCCGGACAGGAAGCUGAACAGUGGUGAUAGCAUACUGGAAGUGAACGGCAUUUCAGGGGAUGUCGUAGAGAUGCUCGAGAGAUGCAAAGCUGACGACACGCUCAAGAUGAAGCUGUGCCGAUGCCUAACUUACGAUCACUUGGUAGAGGAUUUGGAAAAACUUAUCCGGAGAAAAGACUGCGGGCCGAUAAUGGUGCGGCUUUCUUGGCACGAUGCUGGCAUCUACAACGGUGCUGAUGGCUGCCCGAAUGCCGCGAUGCGCCUGCCUGGAGGAGGCGAGCAUGCGCUUGCAGCGAAUGCUGGAUUGCCGCAGGUCGCGAUUCCGCUAUUAGAACCUAUCGCAGCCAAGUACGUGCCGCGAAUGAUCUCCCAUGCAGAUCUGUGGGCACUGGCUGCCAACGUGGCAAUCAAGGUGAUGGGAGGUCCAGAACUCACCACUCGCUUUGGACGCUUAGAUGCCGAACGUGUCGGCGAUGGUGCAUCCUCAGCGACGGGACGGCUUCCGGACGGUGACAAGGAUGCGAGACAUCUGCGAGACAUUUUCUACCCCAAGGGGUUCGAUGACAAAGCGAUCGUCGCUCUUUCUGGGGCUCACACUGUCGGGAGCUGUCAUCUGGACCGCUCUGGUUUCGAUGGAGCUUGGACAGCAGACAAGCUCAAGUUUGACAACUCAUACUUCAAGGACUUGAUGCACAGAAGUUGGUCGUCCGAGACCACUAGCAAGGGGAACCCACAGUUCAGGUGCGCAGAGUCCAAGACGAUGAUGCUGACCACGGACAUGGCACUUGUCAACGACCCUGACUUCAAAAGGUAUGUCAUUCAGUUCGCCGAUGACCAGAAGUCUUGGUUUUCGGAGUUCGACAAGGCUUGGGUACGUUUGCAAGAGCUUGGCUGCAGCGAGUUGCGAGAUGUCCUCUGA